UUGCAUGGAUGAACCCGAGGAGAGUUGUGUUUUAAACAGUUCAACACUACUAGUUAACAGGAACUUAGUAGGUUAAUCAGGAAGACUGAUUAAAAUAAGCGUCGGAUCCAAUAAUAACCUGUUAAAUUGUCGAUUUGGUUCUCUGUAAAGCAUUAUUGCUUUAAACUGACUUCUCGGAUCUUUCUUGAAAUGAAAGCGGGCGUGCUCCACUGUCGAUGUGCCAAAUGUUUCUCUCUGCCAGUACGGAAGCGGGUUCGAAAGCGUCCAUCUGCCUUGACGCUGCUGUCUCUUCCCGAAGAACUGCUGCUGUAUGUUCUCCAAUGCCUCUCCGCUGAGGAUCUUCUCGCCAUCAGAGCGGUGCAUUCUCAUCUUCGUGAUAUUAUCGAUAGUAAUUCGAGUGUCUGGACUCGAGUUAGCUUCAAGGACCGCUGGCCGGCCACUGAUACUGUUUGGCUGUUCGAAAGAGCUGCGGAAAAAGGGAACUUCGAAGCUGCUGUGAAACUAGGAAUUGCGUAUUUGUACAAUGAAGGACCUUCGCUCAGUGAGGAGGGGCGAGCUGACCUGUGCGGUCGGAUGGCGUCUCGAUACUUCAGUCUGGCUGAGAGUCUCAGGUCACCGCUGGCCGACCCCUUCAUCUGGCUGUUCAUCCGGCCGCCGUGGUCCAUGUCUGGCGGCUGCUGUAAGGCCGUGGUGUAUGACCGCCUCAAAGCAGAAUGUGACACCAACCUGGGGCGGAAAGGGACAUUACUGCAUUGUCUGGCUAGAGUCCUUCAACUGUUUGAUGAUGAAGAGAAGAGAGUUGAAGCUGUGGCCCUGCUGAAGGAGUCCGCUGACUGUGGGAACGUUCAGAGUUCGUAUCUGCUGUGGGAGCUGAACCGUGGCACGGCGAUGGCUGAUCCUGGCAGGUAUCUUCAGUGUGUGCGUACACUCCGAGAUUACGCAGCUAAAGGAUGCUGGGAAGCUCAGCUGUCAUUUGCGAAAUCCUGUGGCACGUCAAAUCCUCUGGGUCUGGAGCCGCGGGCCUGCGCUGAACUCGUGGCGCAGUUCUUCCUCUCCGGCCCGAAACCAAUGCGACGGCCGCAACAUUUGCAGGGGCAGGACAUCACCACUAAGAGGUACAUUCUAGUGGACUGGUUAGUAGAGGUGACCACCAUGAAAGACUUCUCCAGCCAAGCUCUGCAUGUAACCAUUGGAUGUGUGGACCGUUAUUUAGGGAUACGAUCGGUACCCAAAGCUCAACUGCAGCUCCUAGGCAUAGCCUGCAUGGUCAUCAGCACACGAUACAUCAGUAAAGAGAUUCUGACAAUCCGUGAGGCCGUGUGGCUCACAGACAACACCUAUCAGUAUGAAGACCUGGUGCGAAUGAUGGGGGAGGUCAUCUCCGUGCUAGAUGGAAAGAUACGGACUCCAACAGUGUUGGAUUAUGGUGAAGUGCUGUUGUCUCUCUUGCCCAUGGAGCGGCGCAGCACUCACCUCUUCAGCUACAUCUGUGAACUCUCUCUCCUUUGCUCACCACUGACUGUACCCGGCCCGGCCCGACUCGCCAGUGCCAUCCUGCUGCUAACCAGAGCACUGCACAAUUACGUUCCUGUUUGGCCGACACAGUUGGAAGAAAACACUGGUUUCUCCAAGCAGGAUCUGGUGUCCUGUGCGUUAUCACUCUACAUUAAAUGUUUUGGUCAAGAUGUGCCUAAAGACUACAGACACGUGUCUUUAACUGGAGUCAACCAGAGGUUUGAAGAUGAUGCAUACCAGCAAAUUAGUAAAGAAACUGUGAUGUGUUUUAAGGAGCUCUGUCAGGUGUUGGAGGUCCCAGAGGUGGAGCCGCAGAUGGAGGCGCCCAGCGCUAGCGGGCAGCUGACAGAAAUUCACACGUUCCUCUCAUCACCCGCCAGCAACAGCAAGAGAAGGCGAGAGGACAGCAUGCAGGUGCACAGAGGCAGCUUCCUGGCCACACCCACUGCUGAGCUGUCCACUCAAGAGGAGACGCUGCUGGGAGACAUCCUGGACUGGAGCCUGGACACUUCCUGUUCAGGAUACGAGGGUGACCAGGAGAGCGAAGGAGAGAAGGACGGAGAAGUAUCGGUCAUGGAGGUGCAGGUGGAGCUGCCCAUUGAGUCUGGUGAUCUGCAGAUGCAUUGUUGUGCGAUCUCAAGUGACGAUGACAGUCUUUCUGAGGAAAUAAACAAUAAUAAUGAAGACUCAGUGUGUGGGAGCAGCAGUAGCCGCAGCAGACCCUGGCAAUGCCACCUUUCCUCUUCCUCCUGUUCCUCAUGCCUGUUCUGCACGGACCGCCACAGCUCUGGUUAUUCCUCCAUUCAAAGCGUACCCAGUCCAUCCGUUUCUACGUCGGUAGUUCCUUCCAUCUUCUCUCCUCCCGGCCUAACCCAGAAUUCCGCUUCUGGUUUUCCACUGAAUUCCGCCUCUGGUUUCCGACUCCUGCUGCCGCCCGUGCAGAGAACCCGCCGUCAAGUGAAAAGGAAAAACACAGCGGCGCACAGCGGGGGAGAAGCAGAAGGUGGCCUGGAGAAUGAAGAUGAUGCUGCCAACGUGGCGUUCCUCAGCUUGUGAGAGGAGGGGAACAGACUUCGAAUGACGGCUGAUAAGAAAGCUGCUGUCCCUUUACGCAUCACUUCCUGGCCUCCCAUCCAGGAGCACUUUCAUUCACGGGUGCUGAUACUCUUUAUCUCAGAGGGACACCAGCGAGUGUUUGCACUCUGACUGUCAAAUGUCCGUUCCUGAGCUUUAAAUAACAUGGUGUGAUGGGAAAAACAACGGCUGUGUUUUUCAUCCCGUAAUGCAUUUCACUGUCCUCCGAACGUUGCUGUUGACAAGCAACAUGAUUAAGGCCUAUAAUGUGUUCAAAUCACUGGAACUGUCUCUGUUUUGAAGUCUUGUUAAUGUGCUAAAUAUUUAAUAUUUUUUAAAUACUUCGGAAGUAUUGAAAAUCCAGACUGUUUACAACAAUCUUACAGACCGAUGUCUAUUUUAAACGUUGGUAUAUAUUUUUUUCAUUCGUUAAAAUAUUCACCUAGAAUAUUUUUUACGAAGUUACAUGCAGCUAAACUAACUCCAUUUCAGUCUAUGAAGUUUCAUGUCGUUACAUGCUCUGUCCGAAUAAAACUGGUUUGUUUACACGUCAUUUCAGGACAUGGAUACGUUUUUUUUUUUUUUGUCACACAUCUUGAUUAUUUAUCUCAAACUGGAUUAAAGUACUCCGGUAUUUUUGUAUUGCGCUGUUACUUACGUCUUUUGUCGUGCUUAUGCCAAAGUUGUUUAAAUUGUUUUGACUAGCAUAGCUAGCAUCUACCACAACAGUCCCGAAUCCAUUAUUGUAUUAGCGGUUUCGUCGAAAACGUCGACGAAAUUGGUAAAAUAAUGGAUUCGGGAGUGAAAGCGUGCCGUUUCCGCAAACGUCCUGACUGUGAUACCACUGAUGUUUUGACCUGUGAAACCGAUAAAUGUACAGUAAAUCUGUAUGAAUUUUCCGUAACUAUUUUUUACGACGGAUCCAAUGCAACAGACGAUGAAUGUGAUCGUUUGACAUGCUUUUCGUAAUGACCUCGAGAGAUACCAAGCACUUUUUAAUCACCAAAUGCUGGAAAGCGAAAUGUUGCUUUGUCUCGAUGUUUUAUGGCGAACUUUAAUAUGCUUGAACAAUCAAACAUACGUAUAUUUGUGUUAUACAGUGUUCAUCUGGUAUUAUUACCAUAUCUGUGUUUGAGGUUAUGACACUAAAAGCAUUAAGUUAUUGUUGUUUUGCAGGUCUUGUUGGUACUGUAUGUUGAACAUCACUAAGGAUUACGACUGUAAAUACUUAUUAUUCCUUGUUUGUAACUGUAAAUUAAUGUGUAAAGCUGUGAAAGGCAAUGUGAACUUGAAAACAGACAUGUGUUUGUGUGUUAUAUACCUAAAACCACAAUAAAACAAUGGAGCAGUU